GAACAAAUUUUUUUUUUAAAAAAUUGGUUGGAAUAAUGCUGCUUCAUUGGUUAUUCUGCCUCUCAUCACUUUACAUCUGCCUACAAAGUGUCAACUCACAACCAGCGAAUGCAGAACUUCAGAAAUUACUUCAACUGCACAAUGAAUAUAGACAUAAGGUGAUGAAUUGUGAAUUAACAAAUCAACCACCAGCUAAAUAUCUUCCAGAUCUUCAGUGGGAUAAUGAGCUCGCCCAACUUGCACAAAAAUUAGCAGAUACUUGUAUAUUUGAUCAUGACGAACCUAAAUCACGUAAAUUUAGUUAUGUUGGACAAAAUGUAGCUGGAAGUGCAACGGUUGAGAUAGCUGUAAAAGCAUGGUUUGAAGAGUAUAAAUAUUAUAAUUUUUAUACACAAGGCUGUUCCUAUAUGUGUGGACAUUAUACACAGAUGGUCUGGGAGAAAACCACACACGUUGGAUGUGGUGUGAAAGUUUGUCCACGUUCAGACUACGGAUUAUCCAUCGUUUGCAAUUACGGAGAAGGUGGUAAUUGGAAGGGUCAACAUCCUUAUGAAACAAAGCCACAAAAUGAAUGUGGUCAAAAACACGUUCCAGCUCAAAAAGCGCCCAAGCCAACUGUCGCCCCUACCACUACCACAACAACAGCACCAAUUCGAAAGUCAUCCUAUACCAGAAGAUCAUCUGAACCUGAUUGGAUACAACUCAAAUCCACCUGGAGUCAAUACACCGCUGCUCAGCAUCUUAAAGGAAAUAUAGCUCAAACAUGUGUUUGUUUUCACUGAGUCAGGCGAAGUGCAGAAGUAAUUGCUUCAUAUAAUUUAAUUGAUAUUCUUUUCCCAAAUAAAGUUUAUGAUUUUAUCAAA